UGAAGCUACUCCCAUAGCACACAAUGUUGCAACGAGAUCAUGAAGAGGACAAUUGGCACGCAUGCAGGUCAGGCGUGGGCUCGGCCUGGGUGCGGAAGAACUCUCGGCUGUAGUCAACGCCUUUUUUCGAUGUUCGUCGGUAGAUGGUAUAAAUCCAACCCCAACCUCAACCUCCCGGCUCUCGAUCGAAAAUGGCAGCUGGAAUGGCAGAGCCGAAGGACGCAGAAGCGCUGGGGGAAGUGGACCCUCUUUCCUGGCGCAAAAGAGGUAGAGCCAGAGGAGAGCAAGAGGAAGAUGUACAUCUUACCAAUGUUUCCUUACCCAUCAGGGGACCUUCACCUUGGCCAUCUACGAGUCUACACAAUAUCUGAUGUUCUGGCACGAUUUCGGCGUAUGCAAGGCUACGAUGUUAUGCAUCCAAUUGGUUGGGACGCAUUUGGACUUCCGGCAGAGAAUGCUGCCAUUGAACGGGGCAUUGAACCAGCCUCCUGGACCAAACAGAAUAUCAAGAGGAUGAAAUCACAACUGCAGGCCAUGAAUGGCCACUGGGACUGGGAUAGAGUGCGUAUGCUACCACUCUGGAUACAUACUCAACAUCUCUUCCACCUCCUACACGAAGCUGGCUUUGCAUAUCAAGCGGAGUCACUCGUCAACUACGACCCCGUAGACAAGACAGUGUUAGCAAACGAGCAAGUGGACGCUAAUGGAUUCUCAUGGAGAUCUGGAGCCAAAGUCGAGCAACGGAUGCUGAAGCAGUGGUUCUUCGAUAUAUCGGAGUUUAGACAGGAGUUGUUGGACGGCCUGGAGAACCUGGCAAAAAAGGGGGGCUGGCCCGAGAGAGUUCUGGCAAUGCAGAAGAACUGGAUUGGAAAAUCGACAGGAGCUCGAAUAAAAUUCCCUGUUGUGGCAUACGGCCAGCAGACCCAUUCGGACAUUGAGGUAUUCACAACUCGGCCGGACACAAUAUUCGGUGUUCAAUAUGUUGCUCUUGCAUCAACUCAUCCUAUUGUUCAUAGUUUGGCAAAGACAGAUGUUGAGCUGCAAGCUUUCUUGGAUACAAUUCCUGCACUGCCCUUAGAUUCAAAAAUUGGGUAUCUUCUACCCCACGUCCGAGCACUGAACCCCUUGGCGUACGAGGAAUCAACACCAGAUGCUGCUAAAGCUUCGUUACCAAUUUACGUGGCGCCAUACGUUCUGGGUGACUAUGGAGACGGAGCCGUUAUGGGAGUUCCAGGACAUGAUACCAGAGACCAUACCUUCUGGAAGCAUAAUCGUUACGACGACCCUGUCAGGAUGGUCAUAUCUCAAUCACCAGAUGAGGCAACCAUCGCGCUGAACAAUGAGCCCUUUGUGCAUCAUGGGUACCUCACAAAACACAACGGCCCGUACGCUGGGCAGACCACUUCGGAUGCCACCAAGAAUAUCAUCGCUCUGCUGGAGUCUAAAGGCCUUGGCUCCAAAGCAGAAACCUGGCGUCUUCGAGACUGGCUGAUCAGCCGUCAGCGCUACUGGGGGACUCCGAUUCCUAUGAUACAUUGUGACGCGUGUGGCACUGUGCCUGUUCCUAAAGACCAGCUUCCAGUGGAACUCCCUCCUGUAAAGGGGCAUUGGGGCGAGGGGAGAGCUGGCAAUCCCUUGGACCAUGCUCAUGACUGGGCCAACACUACCUGUCCGUCAUGUGGAGGAGCUGCGAAGCGAGACACUGACACGAUGGAUACUUUUGUUGAUUCGAGUUGGUACUUCAUGAGAUUUCCAAACCCAAAAAAUCAGGAAGCACCCUUUUCGCCCGAAGCUGCAAAUGCCAACCUCCCCGUUGAUCUUUACAUCGGCGGCGUGGAACAUGCCAUCCUGCAUCUGCUUUAUGCGCGCUUCAUCUCCAAAUUUGUGGCUACGACACCACUCUGGCCCGACGGUUGGAAGUUUGCGGGAGAACCGUUUAAGGAGGUCUUGACCCAGGGUAUGGUUCACGGAAAGACGUACACUGACCCCAAAACUGGACGGUUCCUCAAGCCGGAUGAAGUUGACCUGACAGAUGCUUCCAGUCCUUUAAUUAUUGCCUCCGGAGAAAAACCCAAUGUCACGUUUGAGAAGAUGUCGAAAUCGAAGUACAAUGGAGUGGAUCCCGGUACAUGCAUGGCAAAAUAUGGAGCUGAUGCAACCAGGGCUCAUAUUCUUUUCCAAGCUCCUGUUAGCGAGGUCCUGGAGUGGGACGAGGAGAAAAUAUCCGGGAUAACUCGAUGGCUGCGUCGACUCUAUGAAUUCAUCAGCCAGAAUUCGGUGGAUUGGGCGAUGGUAGUUGCAGCUUUGGAAGAAGAUCUACCCAAAAGUUACUUUAUGAAACGGCACGAGAUGCAGGAGACAGUGGGAGCGAUGCUGAAGAAUCCAAACGCAAGGAGCAUGAGUUUCAGCCGCCACAAUCGCAGGAAGCUGGUCGAUGUCACGGAGAGGUUGAAGACCAAUAGCCCCAAGCUUUUCAACGAAGACAAGAAGCUGUGGCGAGCAGUCCAAUUGACAAUCAGCAACGUGACUGAGUCGUACGAGAAAACACAUUCUCUAAACACGGUUGUUUCCGACCUGAUGGCGCUCACCAACACCAUCAUAGACCAUGGGAACUUUGCCAUCAAGGACGAGGAGGUCAAGGACUGGGGCACCGACAAGUUUAUCACUUAUCACGCAACCCUAGAGCUGCUCAAGAUGAUGGCUCCUAUCACCCCUGCCUUUGCGGAGGAAUGCUGGGCCAUCCUUCACGAACGCCUGCCCUCUGCUUGGGUAAUCACGCUUGCAAAACUUGCGAAUCGCCUCAGACCACGCACAAUUAUAUACCCCAAAUCAGAUGGGUCCGGAAAGUCGAUCUUUGACGAGCCGUUCCCUACCACGGAUGGCACUUUCGAAAUGCUAGCUCCUGGAACACAGUCGUGUGCUGUGCAAGUCAAUGGGCGGUUGCGGCUUGUGGUUGAAAUUCCUGCCCUCCCAGCGAAUUUGACGGGUAAGGAGCUGGAGGAGUGGAUCGUGAAGGAGAUCUUGGACACGAAAGAGGGGAAGGAGAGGCUGCAGGCGACCAAGGUGAUUGUUGUAAAGGGUGGGAAGACCGUAAAUUUUGUUGUGUAAAACACAAGUGUAACUAUACCCAGAUUCUCCUUUCGAAAAUAGACGUCAAAGGCCCUCCUUCUUUGCUCGGA